CGCCGGACAUGGCGGGGGAGGCGGUGGGACGGGGAGGGUCGGUCCCGCCGGAGCCCGAGCGGCAGAACCCGCAGUCCGAAAAGCAGAACCCGCAGUCCGAGAAGCAGAACCCCCAGUCCGAGCGGCAGAACCUGCUGUCCAAGAGGCGGGAGCGGCGGCAGCACCGGUCGGAGGGCCGGUUCCCGCUCCACAGGCUGCUGGUGCUGGCCCGGCCGGGCGAGGGGGCAGCGGCGGUGGCAGGUUAUCACAGAGAGUUGUUUGAAAAGGCAUUAGAAGACCACUGGAGAGAACAAGUUUCAGGACUGCUGCUUGUCUGCUCCAGCUACAUUUGUCAUGUAGUAGAGUCCUGCAGUAGCACAAUCCAUCUCCUCAUCCAAGAUUUAGCUUCUUUCCAAAAUCAAGGUCACAGUGCUUUGCUCCAGGAAAUUAAAGUUUUAGUGGUGGCCCACGACAUCCCCAGCAGACUCUUCCCAGACUGGUACGUGGCAGCAGGGACAUCCCCCCCAAGGUGUCCUCCAGGCUCCACACAGCCCCAGUCUGCCCCAGAACUGGCUGCAGAGUGCCUCGACCUCCUGCUCAAGCUGGCUGCCUCUGUUCAGAGUUCUGAGGAUGACAGCCAGGAGACCAAUGAGAGUGUUCACACCAUUGCACCUGAGCUGCUAAUCCCAACAGAGACAAUUAACUCUUUGGUUAAUGCUGGUGAAUGUGUAAGCCCAGAAGAUUUUCUGAGAGUUUAUUUAAGUCCUUCACAGCCUGUCCUGGAUUCAGAAACGGUGUGGCCUGUUCCAUCUCAUUUCUCUCCAUGACACAGGCUGUGCCCAGUGUUUCUCCUUUAAUAUCUCUUUAAUAUCCAUCCACACACCAAGGAACAGAUGUGCAUUCAUUCCCAGCCUGUG